CAUCAUCUCUCUCUCUCUCUCUCUGGUCCUCAGAGCAAGACAUCAUCAUCAUCAACAGCAAGACGAGUAGCAAUAGUGGAGGUCAUCUCUAUCACCUCCUCCUGACCAGGUCUUCUUCUCCCCCAGACCCCAAGGAGGAGCAUGGAAGAAGUUUGGAAGGAUAUCAGUCUAAGCACCCUCCAGCAGGGCAUGGAAGCCAACCGUACCACCACCACCUCCUUCGGAGGCAUCAUCGUUCAAGACUUGCUGGGUCAGGCCUUCAAAGAACCAUCCCCCGCUUCAGCUCCCCUUGAUGACCUUUCUCUGCCUCCAUCCUCCAGCAACCUCGUAGGCUAUCCCAACCCCAACAAUCCUCAUACUGAUACUAAUGGUGGUGCUUCCCCUGCUGGCUUAUUUGCCUGUUGCACCAAGAAGAGAGCAUCAGAGCAGCAGAUGGAAGCGAGCUUUGGCUCUGGCAAUGGCAAUGCUGCGGAUCAACGGAAGAAGAGGCUGAUCAAAAACCGGGAGGCAGCGGCUCGGUCUCGAGCAAGAAAGCAGGCUUAUACACAAGAGCUAGAAGAGGAGGUUGCUCAUUUGCUGGAUGAGAACAGAAAGCUCCAGUACGAGAUGAGCUUGGCAGUGGAAGCUCCGCAACCUACCAAGCGCACGCUACAACGGGCCUCAACAGCUCCAUUUUGAGGGGGGAAAAGGAGUGAAGUAGUGGAGACUUUCUUUAAGACCAUCCCACCUUUUGCUUCUGUGUGUGUGUGUGUGUCUGCGCAAAGUGAUCUUGUUUUUGUGCCAAUAUGGAAAGCCCCCAACAAACCAGGAUGGUUGGAAUGUCUACAUGUCUUCCACCACCCCAUGUACCAUUACGUAUAGCUCUUAAUGAACUAUACAUAGUUCCUUCCACAUGGGUUGUGUUGCCUUAACUCGCUUGAUCUAAUGCGAUAUAUAAUAGCAGCGGCUGCAUAGA